UGUUCAUCCUGCUGCUCUGCGUCAAAGGUAAGCAUGUCGUCAUCAAAUUAAUGUCCAUAUUCAUGGUUUUCAUUAAUAACAAUGUACAUGUUUGUUUUUCACAUGUGCAUGGACAACAUAAACGUGCAAUCCGAGUCGCCUUUCGAUGCUUGUAUGACGCCAACGUGGAACGCGUCUUGCAGAAAAACGGCAUGACGCGCUGAUUCAGGGGCUGUCAAGAUGGUGGCACCUGGCAGUAGAGACGCAAAGAACAUGCCGUGUUUAAGACCCACACGUUGCUGCCCACAGAAAUUCAAACUACGAUGAGAAAGUAGGAUGUAGGUGAAGAUAACAUGGCUCAUCCGCUUCUCCAAUAAACAGCAUUCUUCCUUCUGGGGAUCUUCCAAAGUCUUCACUUUCCAACAUGCGUCCGUCUCUUGCCACGGCAGUCCUUCCAGCCAGGACGCGUUCCCACAACGCCCCCAUUCUGGCCGUAGGGAGUCGUGAACAACUCUCAGCUCCUCGAAGGCGUAGUCCUAACCUCCGACACACCCUGAGCCCAGAAAACCUUCGGACACUGGCAGAAAGAGGAGGGUCUUGUGUCGACAGUGUGUCUAUGAUCAGCGGUCCCAUUGGACUUUCACGUGCCAAUAGCGACACAGAUCUGAUUAGCUCUCAGAGCAGGUCCUCACUGACGGCAUCCACUCUGGAGUACACUUUGAACCGUGGCCAGAACCUCAUCAUAUCCUGGGAUAUCAAGGAGGAAGUGGACGCUACAGACUGGAUUGGACUGUACCAUAUUGAUGAAAGCAGUCCAUCCAACGUGUGGGACUGCAAGAACCGAGGCGUGAAUGGCACUCAGAAAGGUCAGAUAGUGUGGCGACUGGAGGCGGGGCCUUACUUCAUGGAUCCCGAGACGAAGAUCUGCUUCAAGUAUUACCAUGGAGCGAGUGGAGCCCUGCGAGCCACAACCCCCUGCAUCACGGUGAAGAACACGGCUGUCCUGGUGGAGUGUCUUUCAGAGCAGGUGGGUGUUGAACAUCCUCGGAAACUGAUAAGCUUCACUUUGACAGAUCUGCGGGCCAACAGCCUAAAAAAAGGUAUGUUUUUUCAUCCGGAUCCAUAUCUAAAGAUGUCCAUCCAUCCUGGCAAGAGGAGCGUCUUCCCCGUCUUCAGCCAUCACGGACAAGAACGCCGAUCAGCCAUCAUCGCAAACACCAUCAACCCAGUUUGGCUUGGAGAGAAAUACACCUUUGUAGCACUAAUGACGGACAUUUUGUACAUCGAAGUCAAGGACAAGUUUGCCAAAAGUCGACCAAUCAUCAAACGCUUUCUUGGUCAGCUAACAAUCCCUGUACAGCGCCUGAUCGAAAAGAUACCUGGAGUCCAGCCUGUGAGUUUCUCGUUGUGUCGCCGCCUCCCUACGGAACACGUGAGCGGAAAUUUGCAGUUCAAGGUGGAGCUGACAUCUACUGGUGCUGAUGAUGCUAUUGUUGGCCUUUCGAGCUUUAAUGGAGCUCCAGGGACUCCAUCAGAUGAUGAAGAUCUGCCUCAUCACUUUCCAGGAAUGCUCUCAGCAGGCCCCUCCCCCACUGAGUCCCAAGACUCCCAAUGUGUUUGGGAUGGCGGGGCCUCAGCAUACCCAGAAAAGGAUCUUCCUCUUGUCGGAUCUGAAGCUGGAUUUUUGGAGGAAAGUGAGUUGCUUCAUAUGUCACUCAGUGAGGGCCUGGACGCUAUUGAGGUCCCCAAACGUCCAGGAGAAAGGCCCCUCGGCGCCGCUUCUCCCAAACUACGUUCAAGCUUCCCCACACAUUCGCGGCUUAGCGGGAUGUUACACAUUGAUUCCGACGAGGACGAAGACAGGUCCGGGGCAAAUGAAACACUUCCAAUACCGCCCUCCCCGUUGUUGCUAAAUGGAGUUCGUCAAGAUGUUACUGGUCCUGAUGAAAAUGAGACGCAGUCUGGAGAAGAGGAGCCUGAGUGUCUUGAAGAGCUAACCUCUGAGACCCGGGUGGCUCAUGAGGUGGCUCAUGAGGUGGAAGCAGGUCUGAACCAGGAUGAUGUUAUGGACCUAGAUGUCUUCACUGAGGUGGAAGAAGCUCGAUUCUCAGAGGCUGUUUCCCAUAAUACCUUACCAGAGGGGGCAAAGGAACCCGCUGAGGAACUUUCUUCAGAGAUGGACACCUGCUCCAUGGCAACAGCACCUCAGACGGCCAUCUACUCCUCAGACAGUUGUCCUGUCACCUUGACUGCCGGUGUGGAAGCAGAGGAAGUUCCAGACCCUGUCAUUGAUUCCGGAGAAAAUAUAAUUUGUGGCAAUGCAGACAAUGAAGGCCGUGGACAGGGAGAAACGGCCUCAGCUUCAGAGCAAGAUAACUUUCUGGCGAUAAGUGUGAGGAAGCUGAGCCUCCAGGAAGACCAAGACGAAGAUGACUCAAAGCCACAUGAGGAGAUGGUUAACAUAGAAACAGAUGUAGAGGAAGGUUCUCCUGUUAAUGGUCAUCCUGUUAGGUCCCUUCCAUCUGUUCGACAAGACAUUCACCGCUAUCAACGUGUGGACGAACCUCUUCCACCCAACUGGGAGGCUCGAAUUGACAGUCAUGGAAGAAUUUUUUUUGUUGACCAUGUGAACAGAACCACCACAUGGCAGCGACCCACUGGACCUCCUGCACAACAGGGCCUGACCCGGUCUAACUCUAUUCAGCAAAUGGAACAACUCAACCGCAGAUAUCAGAGCAUCAGGAGAACUAUAACCAGCAGUGAGAGAACAGAGGACAGCUCAGCUGAUCUGCUUCUUGAACCAGAACCUGAUUUGAUGCUUCAUUCCAUUUCUGAAUACCGACGAGAGAGUGCAGUCAGUCAUUCAAGUGGUCGUCUUUCUCUGCUGCUCCAGUCUCCCAGCGCCAAGUUCCUGUGCAGCCCCGAUUUCUUUACUGUGCUGCAUUCUAACCCUAGUGCCUACCGUAUGUUUACAAGCAACACCUGUCUGAAGCAUAUGAUCAGUAAGGUGCGGCGAGAUGCUCAUUACUUUGAGCGCUACCAGCACAACCGUGACCUGGUGACCUUCCUCAACAUGUUUUCCAACAAACAGUUGGAGCUUCCCCGCGGUUGGGAAAUGAAACAUGACCAUACCGGGAAGCCCUUCUUUGUGGAUCACAAUUGUCGCUCAACAACCUUCAUUGACCCACGGCUGCCUCUUCAGAGUCCUCGUUCCACCGGCCUGCUGGCCCACCACCAGCACCUGAGCCGCCAGCGCAGCCACAGCGCCGGAGAGGUGACAGAUGACUCUCGACAAAGCAAUACACCCAUGAUGCCACGACCAUCCAGUACCUUCAGCGGUUCCUGUCGAAGCCAGUACCAGGAUGUGGUGCCUGUGGCGUACAAUGAUAAGAUUGUGGCUUUUCUACGACAAGCGAACAUAUACGAGAUCCUGCAGGAACGACACCCAGAACUUCCCAGGAACAGUUCUCUCAAAGAGAAGGUACAGUUUAUUCGCAGUGAGGGAGCCAGUGGGCUUGCACGCCUCUCUGGGGAUGCUGACCUCGUCAUGCUGCUGAGUUUAUUUGAAGAGGAGGUAAUGUCAUAUGUGCCACCUCUGCUGCACCCAAACUACUGCCUCUCCUCCUCUCCCCAAAACUCUCCUGGCACCCAACGAGCAAAUGCGAGAGCUCCUGCUCCCUACAAACGAGACUUUGAGGCCAAACUGAGAAACUUCUAUCGGAAGCUGGAGACUAAAGGAUAUGGACAAGGACCUGGAAAAGUCAAGCUGGUGAUACGUAGAGACCAUCUUCUAGAAGAUGCCUUCAACCAAAUCAUGUGUUACUCUCGCAAAGAUCUACAAAGGAGCAAACUUUACGUCAGCUUUGUAGGAGAAGAUGGGUUAGACUACAGUGGUCCAUCCAGAGAGUUUUUCUUUCUUGUGUCCAGAGAGCUUUUUAAUCCCUACUAUGGCUUGUUUGAAUAUUCAGCGAACGACACGUACACGGUGCAGAUGAGCCCCAUGUCUGCUUUUGUAGAUAACCACCAUGAAUGGUUUCGUUUUAGCGGGCGUAUCCUGGGACUGGCUCUGGUCCAUCAGUAUCUGCUGGAUGCCUUCUUUACCCGACCUUUCUACAAGGGUCUGUUACGCAUAUCAUGUGACCUAAGUGAUCUGGAGUUCCUGGAUGAAGAGUUCCACCAAAGUCUGCAGUGGAUGAAGGAUAACGACAUCGAGGACAUGCUGGACCUGACCUUCACUGUCAACGAGGAGGUCUUUGGACAGAUCACAGAGCGAGAGCUCAAGCCGGGUGGGGCGAGUAUUCCUGUGUCGGAGAAGAACAAGAAGGAGUACAUCGAGUGUAUGGUCAAGUGGCGCAUUGAGAGGGGCGUGGCUCAGCAGACCGAGAGUCUGGUUCGGGGCUUCUAUGAGGUGGUGGAUGUGCGGCUAGUGUCUGUGUUCGAUGCCAGGGAGUUGGAGUUGGUGAUGGCUGGAACUGCAGAAAUUGACCUGACAGACUGGAGGAACAACACGGAGUACAGAGGAGGUUACCAUGACGACCACAUCGUGAUUCGCUGGUUCUGGUCAGCAGUAGAAAGGUUCAACAACGAACAAAAACUCAGACUGCUGCAGUUUGUGACAGGUACAUCAAGUAUUCCUUACGAGGGCUUUGCCUCGCUGCGAGGAAGUAACGGACCCCGCAGAUUCUGUGUGGAGAAGUGGGGCAAAAUCACCUCCUUACCAAGGCGGACGCGCCGGGCCGGGGACUGGAGGCGGUGCUGUCCCAGCGGUUGGAGGGCGUCGACCGCCCCAUCCUGUACAUCAGCCGCAAACUCUCGGACCGGGAGGCGAGGUACAGCAUGGUGGAGAGGGAGUGCCUCACCAUCAGGUGGGCGGUCGGGACCCUACAGUACUACCUGUUGGGACGCGUCUUCAGUCUCUGCUCGGACCACAAACCGCUCCAAUGGCUCCACCGCAUGAGGAUGCCAACGCGCGGAUCACCCGGUGGUACCUUGCAUUGCAGCCCCACAACUUCCGGGUGGUCCACAGACCGGGUACACAGAUGGCCGUAGCUGACUUCCUCUCGUGCCCCUCUACGGGGGGGUGGCCGGAAUGCUGCCCGGCCUGAGACUGACGGUGGAGGCAUGUGGAGGGGGCGUGGUCCACGCGUCUCCUGCGGGCAGGGCGUGUGCAGGAGCCGGCUAUGAAGCAGCUGACAGGUGAGUACAUACCUCAGCUGGAACGAGUUUUCUAAUCACCUGUCUCUUUAUUAGCAGCGUCGGAGACCAUGAGGGGGGCAGAAGCAAGGAGAGACGAAGGAGAAGAGAGAAAAGCCCAGAGACAAUUGCUGAAAAUGACCAAAGCGACUCCAAAUAAAGAGUGUUGUAAAUCUGUACCCGAGGGUGUGUGGCCGUGGUCCAUUGGUCCGAAAGAACCCACACAAAGACUUCCACAGUUGUAUUUCUCUUCUUUUGUUGAGAAGAAUUUUUAUACAUUCUUGGGUGGCAGGUCAUAGUUUGCUUUGUACAUAAUUUCAGCAGUUUGCAAAUGCACCAAAUCAGUGAAUUUCAAUAUUUGUGAUUCAAUAAAUAAAGGGUUUGUAUUUUCUCUAUAUCCAACAUUAUGUAUUAUUCUAAUUGAUCUUUUUUGUAACACCGUUAGUGAA